UCGGUUCGGAUGCGCAACAUCAAACACAACACCGAAAGAAGCUGAAAAAUCGCUGUCGCGACGAAUAUUUUGUUGAUAUUUCGGUCGAGGGAAAUUUGUGCGGUCGAAUUUAUGGUGGUAAUUUCGCUCAGUUUCUGACGAAAAUGUGUGAUUUGCUUUGCGGAAAGUGAGUGCUGAUUAAAAUUGGUGUACAUUCGGUGUUUCAACAACGGCAGAGUGAUUAAUUUCCAAUAACAAAUCUCGGAUUCCAAUCGGCGCUUGUCAGUGCAGCACUAUUUCGGCAACGCAACAGGAUCCAACUGAGCUGAACUGAACUUUCGAGGCAUUUUCCCCUAUGCAAUGCAUGCAUUGCGGUGCAGCGAUACGGCAACAACCGGUGUGGGAUCUGCAGCUGGCGGUACCCUAACCGGUGGUGGGAGCAGUUCUGGAGGAGGCGGUAUAGCAGGUGGAGGAGGGACAUCAAUCCUCCAGUUGUCCUCUCAACCCUCAACUCAGGCUCCACUGCAGCAGCAGCAGCAGCAGCAGCAGUCGCCGCAAACAUCACCCCAGUCGCAAGGUUCACAGCAAUUGCCCAAAGGAGGCCCGGUGCGGAUAAACGGUAUCAAGGGGUACCAGAAUAGAACGAACCAUAUCAUCUACUGUCCGCCAUUGUUGCGCACCAAGGAUGAUUGUUCGGCAGUUGUCUACUUCGGCGGAGAUGUGCAGGAUAUCCCGGAAAAGAUGGAAACCAAUAGAGACAAUAAAAACUACAUCAAGUGGAAUCUCGAAAACACGGCCUUGCUUCUGAGGGAUUCCUUUCCGCGGGCCCACAUCGUGGUGGUGCGUCCGAUGCGCAUGGAGUACAGCACGUUCAGUUGCUUCGACAAUUUCGUACGGGGAAACAACGCCGGAAUUCCGGAUCACACUCCGAUGCACUACUCGUUGCAACAUUUGGAAGAAUUACUAAUUAAUUUGACGAAAAAGCUGACGAAACCGGUUCUAGAACCAGAUCUCCUGCAUAAACUGAUAGCGGCAACCAAUUCUUCCUUGUGCGAAACCGGCCUGGACGGGAGCCAAGACAUGGAAGUGGAUGUUCUUCAGUCGGAUCUCCAAAGUAAUACGACAGACUCAGCUUCAUCAUCGGUAGCGGGCACCGCAGCUAGCAGUGCAGAUAUCAACGAUUUGCUCUGGUGGCGUGAGAGUCUCAACCUGGACAAAGCUAAUCUCGCCUUAAUGGGUUUCAGCAAAGGAUGCGUCGUCCUCAAUCAAUUCAUCUACGAGUUUCAUUACUAUAAGACCCUCACCCCCGACGAUAGCACAAUGAUGCGGCUGGUUUCUCGGAUAAAGGACAUGUACUGGCUGGACGGUGGCCACGGUGGUGGCAAGAAUACCUGGAUCACCUCGCGAAGUCUCCUGGAGACCCUCUGUCGGUUAGGAAUCAACGUCCACGUGCACGUUACGCCAUAUCAGAUCCAGGACGAUCAUCGUCCGUGGAUUCGCAAGGAGGAGAAAGCUUUCACGGAUUUGCUCAAACGGCUAGGGGCCUGUUUCGAUCGUCACCUCUACCCGAGCGAAGCCAACUCCACAAAUCUGUUUACUCACUUCGAGGUACUCAACCGCUUCCGGCAAUACCAGAUCAACGUUUUUGCACAACAACACCUACAACAACAGCAGCAACAACAGCAACAGCUAACGGCCACAAACUUGUCUACCACGUUGGACGACAGUGUCCAACUUCAACAGCAACAUCAGCAAUUGCAAUCAGAAAUCCAUCCAACGGAAGCUGGAGAACCGCUUGUCGGUGGUGUGGAGCAAAUGAUUACCGGGGGUGCCGACCCGGACGUAGAGGACGACAAAAUGUUGACUGCUGCCGUCGAAGACGACGAUGAAGACGACGAAAGCGGUACCAAGUAAUCGCAUGACGCGCAACGCAACUAAUCAGCAAUUCAGCCAGCGAAUUUACCGUUAAUUUUUUGCGACCACAAUUCGCAAAUCCAGUGAUGAAUGCUUUAUAAAGAUAACUCUAUUCGGUGCCAGAGAUCGAAGAACUUUGAUUGAGUUACGCCAAAACCCGGAUCCGCCUGUUGCAUUAUGUGCAAUAAUGCCACUAAUUGACUUCUACUUUUUCUGUUCAACAGAACACGUUGUUUUUCUUUUUGUGGAACGUGCCGCCGCAUUUUGUAUGAUUGCGUCUAAAAUUGUACAGUUUUAGCAUGUAUCAGCAAAAACAAAAACCCAAUCAAGCCAUCAUAUUUUGCAUAAAAUUUAUCGCGCGAACAGAUAGAUGAAACACAGAUUCAUUAUAUUUCUCUGAUGAUAGUCUUUAUUUUAGAUAAAUAAUAAUUAUUGAAAUUAUAGGUCAGAAUGCAGGAACAGACGAAAAAUUAUAAUAUAUUUUAUAUGAUUUUCUUUUGAUCGUGUAACGUUUAAGUUUAGCUGGCUAGGUUAGGAGAAAGGUGUUGGUAUCCGAGUUUUUUCGGAUACUGCGGUCAUGACGACACAUACUACUACUAUUAUUUCAGAUAACUAGACUAAGUGAUAACACAAAAUCGACGCAAAAGUAUUCAAUUUGGAUUGAUAUUUAGGAAUGGUUGCAACAAAGCUGUAUUUUUUUCAAAGCAAAAAUCGACAAAUGAAUCAUUACUAUAUGCACUAAACAACAGCUGCUUUUUCGGCAAAUCAGUCAUAAGAAAAAUUUUACUUGAAAAACAGAGAUCGUAGAUUUUUAACUGUAUGGGAAAAAACAAUCGAAAACAAAUGUUUUGCUGUUUUGGAUGAAUGGUAAAAAAUCGUGUUUGUAAUGGAAAUAAUGAAUGUAAAAUUGAAGCAAAAAUGAGAGAUUUUCACGUUUGAAUCAAA